AUGAACAUGGAUGAUUUUCUUCAGCAACCGCCUUCAACAACUCCCAACAACCAAGACAAUCAGAUGAGUUUCCCGGGCGUUUUCCCGCCAUUCGGCUCUGAAUUUGGCGUUUUUGAUGAUCACAAGGGCACAAUAAACAACAAUCAACCGCCAUUGAAAAUGAAUGAGCCAGCUCCUCCACCACCAGUUGUCAUUUGUCCAACCGAAGUUGAUCACAUCAACAUCACUUUGGAAAAGAAUCAACAAUGCGCUUGCAAAGAUUGCGGAAAACUCUUCAAUUCUGUUUGGUACCUGAAACAACAUGCCGUCAAGCACUCAAACGAUCGUCCGUUCAAAUGCAAAUUUUGCUUUAAAACGUACAAAUUCCGGUCAAAUCUCUACCAGCACAAGUGCCCAGAUCGACAAAAAAGCGGACAACAAGGUCGUCGUCUCAUGCGUGGCAAUGGACUUUUGUCACCGACGGCGAAACGACAAGAGACCAAUCAACUACUCAAGUCGAGAAUCGAAGCUAAUAUGAAUGGAGAUGAGAUCAAUGCAAAUCAACCACCACCGCCAGUCGGCAUCACGGCAAUUCCGACGGAAAAUGAGGAAAACGAUGCGCCGCUUCCGUUUGGAUUGAAUAUUCGAAUUGAGUCGACACAAAUGUGGCAGCCACCACCACCCCCGCAGAUCCAGAUCGAGCCACCGCCAGAGCCGAGAGACUGUAUCCGAGAACAGCAACUGCCACAAGAUGAGAUCGAUUCGUACAUUUCGCAGAAUAAGCACAAACUCUUCUCCUGUCGCAAGUGUAAACUUCUUUUCCCAUCAGAACAAUCAUUGCAGAGACAUAACACGGUUCACGUUUUUGAGGAGACAUAUUGUUACGCGUGCUCGAAUUGUCGUGAAGCGUUCACAAAUGAGAAAGAUCUUCGCAAUCACGUGAUGCAUCACUCACAGCAUGGACCAUGGAAGUGUGACUCUUGCGCUGGAGCAUUCAGAACAAACAUCGCCCUUCGCCGUCACCAGGAUGCCAGCCUCGAGUGUACUUUCUAUCCAUUCGGAGUCGAGCCAGAAUUGCUCCCAUCACCGACUUUCCCACUCGAUCCAUAUGCUUUCAUCACUUCACCAACGGAUCUCCUCAUUCGUCCCACUUAUGAUGAGUUAGAUCGUGCGCGUGGACCCGAUUCGGGAUUAGGAUCCGAGGCUUCUCCUAGAUCACACGCAAGUCCUGAACUGCCCGUCUUGCCCGGCGAUGAAGAUCUUGAUGAAGUGCUCUUCGGAAAGAAACCGGCUAAACGAGAAAAGGAUGAUGAUGAAGACUCUGGUUUCCGUUCUCGUCUUAAUUCAAUGGCUGGUCAUUCUUCAUGUUCUCCCCGUUCAUCCCAUUCCUCGUCAGACAGCUCAAGCUCUCCGCAACGAAAAAUGUCAAAUGGACAACAAGGAGAGGCCAUCAACGAGCUGUCGUUUGGAGAUCUUGGCACUGGUUAUGGCUCUGGACCAGCCUAUGGUACGAUGAUAUCUCAUCAUUUCGGGCAAUCCGUUGGUGGUAGCAGUAGUGGAGGGCUAUCGUUCUCAAAUCAACCAACCGAUUCCGAUUUUGGACUUUCGAUUGAGCCGAUCGAGCCGAUCGAGUUUCGACAAGUCGGCCCGACUCAAAUGAUGAUCGCUCCGAGGAUCUCAUUCAUUCCCGCUGUACAUAAAGCUUUGUUUGUGCCCACAAAAAUCGAUCGAGUGCUUCUCUCGGAUUUCUCAGUGUUUACGGCUGUAGCUGAGCAAUCGACAGACAAGCCACCAUUUGAUGAUCCGAGUGAAAUCACAGAAAAACCGAGAAUCGAGAAUGACCUUCUCCAAUCUCUUCUCAUCAAGGCCAUCUUUGAGACGCUCAUCUCCGCAUUUUAUGUGAACGUGUUGAUCUCGCUGCUCGCAGCGCGCGUCGUCAACAAAUGCGACGACAAGAACGAAAAUGUGGAUGAG